GGCUGUCUGUCUCACUUCCUGUCCGUCCACACAGUGGACUGGUUGACGUGUGUCCGGAUGUCUCAGGGCGUGACCAGAGGUUUGUCCUUCCUGCACACGGAGCUCUACAGAGCAGACCAGUACAAACCGGCCGUGGCUCACAGAGACGUCACCAGCAGGAACGUCCUGGUCCGAGCCGACCGGUCCUGCGUCCUCGCCGACUUCGGGCUGUCCAUGAGGCUGACGGGUCACCGGCCCUGUCGCCCCGGAGACGAUGACACAGUGGCGAUAUCUGAGGUGGGGACGGUGCGCUACAUGGCGCCGGAGGUUCUGGGCGGAGCUCUGAACCUGCGGGACUGUGAGUCGGCUCUGAAGCAGGUGGACGUCUACGCUCUGGGACUUCUUUACUGGGAGAGCUUCAGAAGGUGCAGCGACCUGUUCCCAGGUGAAACUGCACCAGAGUUCCAGCUGGCGUUUCAGGCCGAGCUCGGGAAUCAUCCGAGCUUCGACCAGAUGCAGAUCCUCGUCGUCCGGGAGAAACACAGGCCGAGGUUCCCUGAGGCCUGGAAGGACAACAGUCUGGUGUUGCGCUCACUCAAGGAGACGAUGGAGGACUGCUGGGAUCAAGAUGCUGAAGCUCGACUCACAGCUCAGUGUGCAGAGGAGAGACUGACUGAGCUCACACUGCUGAGUACACACACUGCAGUACACAACAACAGGAAUCUGUCUCCUCGAGUUGGCUCCGCCUCUUCCCACAUCGAGGACCUGCAGGUGGGCGUGGUCAAAAACAUCCAGGGAGAGCCACACCUUCCAUCCGUUGUCAAGGCAACGACGAGUGGAGCCGAAGGUCCCGAAAGAAACCGAAACUUAAUCAACUACGAACGACAGAAGACUCAAGCUCGCUUGUCCUCUUUGGACGCCCCCCCCAGCCUGAUGCCUGCCACCGUCUCUGAAUCUGAACUCAGGCGUGGCACUGUUUCCAUCUGCCUGCAACUGACAGAAGAAGACCUGGACGCCACCAAGCUGGACCCCAGAAAGGUGGACAAGAACCUGAGGGAAAACUCUGAUGAGAACUUGAUGGAACAUUCACAGAAGCAGUUCACUUCACAUCCACAAAUCACCAACCUGCUGUCACAGGCUCCACCCACUAACCAGGUCAACAACUCCGUGCCGACUCAUCACGGUGAACUGGGGGGUGUCGAUGCUCCUCCCUCCUCCUCCAUCCACCCCCUCCCCAAACAGCAGAACUUGCCCAAGAGACCCACAAGCCUCCACCUUCUCCCCAAAACCAUGGAGACACUGUCGGCCUCUUCUCGGCGGAAGUUGGAGAAGCUGAAGUCGAACCACCGACAGGUGGAGACGGGCGUGGCCAAGAUGAACACGCUGCCAGUCGCCGCGGCAGCAGAGCCCCACUUGGUUACCACAGUAACCAACCAGACCAGCUCUAGAGGCAGCGUGGCGACUGGGAAUCUGAUCCAGUCCAAACCGGUGGCUGCCAACAGCUGCAGCGGGGGGGUCCCCAGCCUGGUGAGGAACAGCAGGGUCACCAGAGGUCGGACCAACCCGGCAGGACCACAGCUGGAGGACGAGGACGGCGUGGAGGACGGCGUGGAGACGAUCAGAGGAGGAGCCAGUCGUCUGAAUCUACUCAACUUCAGUCCUGACGAAGACGAGCCGCUGCUGAGGAGAGAAGAAGAGCUUCCUCACCGAGGAUCCAACUCCAACAACAACAACAACAGGACGGUGGGGGGAGCCGAGGUCGAGAUCCAGGAUCCAGAGGUUAAGGCUGAGAGGACGAAGGGGUCAGAGGUCGUUCAGGUCAGAGACCUCACCAGGCCCAAGCCCGAGCAGAUUAAUGGAACUCCAGUUACAGAAGAUCAAGAUCCAGCCCCCAAAUUCCAAACCUUCUCCAACGUCUUAGGUUUAGAAACCCAAACCAACGCCGAGGAUCCAGAAGCUCCAGAAUCUCAAGAUUUAGAAACCACUGCUCCUGAUGAAGCCUCAGAUCCAGAUCCAGAUCCAGAACCUGCAGCUGAGGUGGAACAGACCAGAACCAGGAGACCUGAGCGUCCCUCUUCUCUGGACCUGUCCUCGUCCUUCCCUUCUUCAGACGAUGUUUCUCUGAGAGAUGACGUGAGCGCUUCAGGAGAGAAGAUAAAACGUCGCGUGAAGACACCUUACACUCUGAAAAGAUGGCGUCCAGCCUCGUGGGUCGUUACCACGGAUACGGCUCUCGACCCCGACUUUGGGUUCGACAGCAGCAGCUCUCACGCUUCUGCUGUUGGAGCGAGAAGGCUCAACGCCCCGAAGCUCAGCCAGUCCCGGUCCAGCAUGGCGGUGUUCUGGGUCGGCUGUGGAGCGACCUCUGACCCCGACGGGAGGAGCAGCUUCUGAAGGUUUCUGUUCUCACCUCUUCGUCUUCCGUCGCUCUGAUGGAGGAACAGACACUUCCACCAAACUUCUCCGAGCACCUGAACCCGUUUUUUUACAGGAAUCCGUUUUGUUUCUCUCCGACCUCCGACCUUCGGCCUUUACCGUACAAAGUAUCGUGAAUGCCAAUUAAGUCACAUUUUUAUUUCUGGUGAAUUGAUUUCCAAACUUUGAGAUGAUUGGCUCAUGUAGUAAUCAAUGUUGUGUUACUUGAAGUUGUGGCCUUUCCCCGACCGUGAAUCUGUCGACGUCAGUGAGGGACUCGAACGCCCGGUGGCAGGCGGGCUUUGAUCUCAUCUGGUUCCAGACGGUGGAUGUUUGAGCAGAAGAAGAAUCCUCCGGCUCUUAGAUGAUCCUUCACCUGCAGCUGUUUCCGAUGCUGGUGAAGUGAACGCCGCUCCGCAGAUACUUGGAGCUGAUUGGCUGCUCAGCCUCACCGAAGAGGAAACGGCCAAAUCAAAUGUCAGAUUAUUUUAUGCACUUUAAAGAAAGCUUGUGUUUCAGAAAACCUUCUGAGGGACAUCUCGUGCAAUUCCGGGAGAAACCUGGAUUUGAACUCCUCCCGUUUCUUCUGGGUCUUCGUGGAAUGUGAUCCCAGAGGUGUUUUGCUUUAAAGCCCAAUUGUAGCUAUGCAGUCAUUUCCUCCUGGUGACGUGGAAUCAGAUCCACUUCUUCUCUCUUUGCCUCGUGAGGUUUGUGAAAAGGAAACCUCGGCCUCCAACGAGCUGGGAAGCUCUGAGCUGGAGAAGAAGAUCUGAACCAUCUGAAGCUGAAGAACCGAGACCACAGAUCAAAACCUUUAAGCCGAAUGAUCGACGUGUUUGUAAAGUAGCUUCAGACGAAGAAAGUUCAUCUGAUGGAAACGAAUUAAAGAAGAUAAUGUUAAUGUUGAUAAAGUUUAUCCACCACAGCACUUUCAAUAUUUUAUUAUUAUUUCAUUGUAUCCACAUUAUUAACUGACACAAGCUUCCUGUCGUCCACGGCCUUAUUAAUCACAAGUGAAGUUUCGGGCAUGAAGUGGAUUCUAUAACGAUUUAUCAUUUCUGUUACGUGAAAGGUUUUAAAUGCCAAAUUUAUUAAUGAACUUUGGUAUGAAAAAAAAGACUGAAUCAUUUUCAUCUUUUAUUUAUUCAAAGAAGAAAUUAACAUUCAACAGAAUCAUUUUUAUAAAAAGUGACUGAUCAGCUGAUUUUAUGAAGUUGUUUUUUAUGUGACGCACCUUUUAACUACGUGAACUUUCCAUUAAGCCUCAUUAACUUUUUACUUCAUUUUCUUUUCUGUUUAUUGUUUCAGGUUCAUAUAAAAUACGGUUAUCAACACGGUGGACGUAGCUAAACGUUCCAUUUAUAUCUCAUUGUUUUAUUGAAUUGAACUUUCAAGGCUUUUUGUUGGUUUUGUAUUUUGUACGGUUUGUAACAGAAAAUGAAGAACAGUGAAUAUUAAGUGAACGUUCAUGUUACAGUGUUUUCUCUGUUUCCAUCAGAAUGAAUUUGAUUUAAACAUCUGUUCUAUUCUCUGUCUUUUCUUUGUUUCUGUGUGUGAUCUGAAGUUUUAUAUAAAUACUGAACACUGGUGGAAAAUCCCUUUAAACUGUCUCUUAUAUUGCCGUCAUAAUAAAAACUUUAAAAACUA